AUGACCGAACUACGAGAACUAGGUCUCUUUCCAGCCUUGAACGCCGCUCGAGACAUUGAAUUACGAAAAUGUCACCACACGCCUCGAAUGUCACCUUGUGCUUGUCUAACUGGUGUUGUUGGACCUGAAAACAAGCAUCGAUAUUGUGUCGCUACCCAAGACAAAUCGUUGCGAUCUAGAUUGAGGAAUGUGCCGGGUAUACCGCUAGUGUAUUUCAACAAGGGUGUCAUGAUUCUGGAGCCUGCUUCGGCUGCUACGGAUGGACGAGCUCAGGAGAUGGAGAGGUCCAAAAUGCUAAUGCUACCUGCUGGAACAACACCCACUGCUGCAACAACACCCAAAAAGGAACCACGAGCAAUCAAUCCUCUUCAUCCACAUAGACGAAAAACGAAAGGGCCGAAUCCAUUGUCUGUGAAAAAGAAGGCAAAGAGAGCACCAGACGGUACCGUCGUCUCGAAAACGGGCCGAAAGAUUGGUAGUGGUGAAGGAUUGGUGGAAGCCGAGGAUGCCACAUCGCAAUGA